GUACAGAGUACCGUUAGUUCAGUUACAACUGAACUGAACUGACAAUAGUUACAACUGUUUGUCCCAGAAAGCACGUGGUUUGUGUUCGUAUUCAGCGAUGAAGUACUGAGAAGUUUCUAAACGUGCGGCUGGGGGAAGGCAUGGUAGUUUCUUGUGGUGAUGGGAGGAGCAGAAAAAGUCACAAGUGCUGUUUUUGUCGUGUAUGGCUUUUUGGGGCAUAAAGGUGAGGCAGUGUGUGGAGGGUAUUGAGCUGUAGUGAGCUGAUAGAAGGAGACGGCUGUGCAGUCUGAAAGUGUCAUAGUACCUGCUGAACUGGGAGGAGGUAUUUUCGGUAGGAAAGCUGCAAGGUCUUUCCUCGGUCUGGUUUCCUCGCUCGGAGAAGGCAGUGUUGCCUAGACGUUCCGAAGAAUGUUAUUUUUCAAAAGCGCGGUCAGAACCUGGCGCUCUCCUCUGCAUCCCAAUGGAGAAAACGGACACUGUUGAACUGUAAAGAGACAAUGGCAGCAGAACAGAUUUCAGCAGCUUCCCUCAUUGACCGGACCAUGAAGAUAAGGAAGGAGGCUGAGGAGCGGAAAGUGGUCUGGGCCUGGGGACUCCUUAAUAUAUCUCUUGCAGGGAUGAUAUAUGCUGACAUGCCUGGAAAAUUUAUAAGCUCGUAUUGCAACAUCACAUACUGGCCACUGUGGUAUAUCGAGCUUGCAUUUGCAUCCCUGUUCAGCCUGAAUGCCUUAUUUGAUUUUUGGAUGUACUUCAAAUACACAAUGGCACCAACUACCUUGGUCAUGACUCGUAGGCAGCAGAUCCUUCUAGGGAUGCAGAAUGCAGCGGUACAGAUAAUUCCACCGCAUGAGCUGGCAACGAAGAAGGUCCCUUCUUCUGCGCCUUCUCCUACAAUCCAGGGUCAAAGUGUGCUGAGUUACAGCCCAGCCCGCUCCCCCAGGGCCAGUCCAAGGUUUGCAUCUGGUUGUAUCGCGGGGUACAGCCCUCAGCUGCAGGCUCCGUCAAGCAACAGUGCUUCUUACAGCAGUGCUUUAACCUAUUCACCAAGCAGCAGCUACAGUAAGCUUUCCAGCUUCAGCCCUUCUACUGGUUCACCAUAUCCCACAAGCAUUGGACCAGUGGAAAGCAGCAGGCUAAGGGCUCGUUACCGCUCUUCACUAAUUCUGUAUAAUUCCCGUAUUGGUCAAGACGAUGAAAUCACAGACCUGAAGUCACUGCAAAAGUACCUUCGAAGUGAAGAAGAGAAACAGCGUAGACUUCAAUUGGGAAGUUCAGAUUCCAGCUUUUGGAACUACAGCCGUUGCUUAGUAGAGCAAGCACAGGUGCUGAGAAACUUCCAGUAUCAGCUGGCUUGCAGGUCCCAAGUUCCAUCAGCGAACAAGGACGAAGCUUAUCUGAGCUCUCCGCAGGCUGCAGAAGAAGUUUGGGCAAGGGUGAUUGUGAAUCGACGACAGCUUGAUCACAUGGAUUCCUGGACCGCUAGGUUCAGAAGUUGGAUUAAUGAGACUAUUUUAGUGCCACUUGUACAAGAGAUUGAGUCUGUGAGCACUCAGCUGAGAAGAAUGGGGUACCCAGAAAUGCAGAUUGGAGGGAGACUGUUCAAAGUUCUGUCGUGGGCGCAGAUGGCGUGCUGGCUCUUCUUGCAUGCCAGCAUCAGCACUCUGAAAGAGGCAGCGAUGGUUAAAGCUCCGCUCAUUCCAAAUCUGAACGGUAUAGAGCAGUAUUUGGAUAUUACACCGAACCAAGAGUAUUUGGUUGAAAGGAUCAAAGAGCUCUCUCAGGGAGGAUGCAUGAGCUCAUUCCGGUGGAACAGAGGAGGAGAUUUCAAAGGCCGUAAAUGGGGCACUGACUUGCCCACUGACUGUGCUAUAUUCAGUUACUGGGGAGAAGAAGAAACAGGAGAUCCGUAUAUCCUUAUGCACAUAUUCUGCACUUACCUCGACUCCAGACUGCCACCUAGCCCCAAAUAUCCUGAUGGCAGAACCUUCACUUCGCAACACUUCAUUCAAACACCAGAUAAACCAGACAUUACAAAUGAAAAUGUAUUUUGCAUCUACCAAAGCAACAUCAAUCCACCCCACUAUGAGCUGAUCUACCACCGCCAUGUCUACAAUCUGCCCGAGGGCAGAAACAACAUGUUCCAUACAUUGCUUAUGUUUCUGUACAUCAUAAAGACAAAAGAAUCUGGGAUGCUUGGGCGUGUAAAUCUUGGUGUAUCAGGAGUCAAUGUUCUAUGGAUUUUUGGAGAAUAACUUCUCUAGCAAGACUCCAGCUCAGAAGAAGAAUGAUCCUGCUUCUCUGACGAGAUGAACUGAGCAGCGUCAUUACACUUGUUGCCUUAAACAUGGACUAUGAAAAGGGAUAAUUUAAACUCUGCUUUAUGGACAGAGGGGAAAUGUUUGUAAUUCCCAUAGUUUUUGGGAGGAUACUCUUUAAAAUAUUUCACUGUUGAAAUGCAUCUAAAUAGGAACUCCAGGCAGGUGUUCUCUUUCUGGCUCCUCACCUUAACGAAUCCUAUUUAAAAAAACAAAAAAACAAAAAAACAAAAAAACAAAAACCUUGCUAUUUCUGUUGCAUUUACCCUUCAAUGCCAUUGCUGCUCUAAAGAGCUUAACGGACCGCAGGCAGCUCCCAUGGGCUUACACAGCCGCUCGCUCACAGUCCCUGGAAAAGGUAGUUACUGCCAGGUUCACAAGAUCCAAGAUAUUCCAGGUGGGCAUAACAGAUGCCAAGUUAGUAAGUUUACACUGUGUUUUGGUUAAUUUAAUUAUAUGCGAUCAGAAAGAACAUCUUUCAUCCCUGCCCGUUGGAAUAAUUGGAUUUUAUGACCUCAUUAGAUGUUUCAGGUGUCUCCACUGCAAAUAUAAGGGAAAGAGAAAA